AUGCCUGAAAAUCCUGCUGCGGAUAAACAGCAGGUGCUGCAGAUCCUUGAUCGUCUGCAAGCAAAACUGUGUGAGAAAAGGGAUUCCCAACAUAAUGAAAACCUGACUGUUUUACGUAACACGCUCAGGAGCCCUUUGUUUAACCAGAUACUGACUCUCCAGCAAUCCAUCAAGCAACUGAAGGAACAACUCAGUUAUAUGCCUCCUGACUGUUCAGUAGAUUUUGAUUUUACUAAGAGAGGGCUACUAGUGUUUGCUGACAAAUCAGUUACUGCUGGGAGCGUGUAUACACCUUGCAGUUCACCUGAACCCGAAGCAUCUACCUUCACUCCAAACCUGGGAGUUAAUGAAUUUAACACAAUCAUCCAAAAGAUGGCAAAGGGGAGACAAAUAGAAUCAAUAAAGAUUGAAAAGCCUUCUGUUGGAGGUCUUGGAUUUAGUGUGGUUGCCCUUAAAAAUCACAGCUUGGGAGAAGUUGGUAUCUUUGUCAAGGAAGUCCAGCCAGGAAGCAUAGCUGACAGGGAUCAAAGACUAAAGGAAAAUGACCACAUACUGGCCAUUAAUUGCACCCCAUUGGAUCAGAACAUUUCCCAUCAGCACGCUAUUGCCCUCCUCCAGCAAUCCGCAGGAUCUCUACAUCUGGUUGUUGCUAGGGAGCCAGUUCAAGGAAACAGCAGAACUUCGGCUGUCUUAAGUGAUAUAAAUCCACCUGAGACUAUUCACUGGGGCCAUGUUGAAGACGUUGAGCUGAUUAACGAUGGUUCGGGAUUAGGCUUUGGAAUUGUAGGAGGAAAGUCGAGUGGAGUAGUUGUAAGAACAAUUGUUCCUGGGGGAUUAGCAGAUCGGGAUGGGAGGCUCCGGACAGGAGAUCACAUCUUACAGAUUGGAGACACCAAUGUGCAAGGAAUGACGAGUGAACAAGUUGCCCAAGUGCUGAGAAACUGUGGGAAUUCUGUUAGGAUGAUAGUUGCAAGAGACCCAAAGUGUGAAAUUAUGGAAACUCCACCAGCUCCUGUGAGCUGGCCAGUCAGUACAUUGCCUUCCUUUCAAAAUGGAAAUGAUAACACCAACCUGUUUGAGAUAUAUGAUGUUGAACUUAUAAAAAAGAACGGGCAAAGUCUGGGGAUAACAAUUGUUGGAUAUGCUGGUGCAAGUGACAUAGCAGAACCUUCAGGGAUUUUUGUGAAAAAUAUAAUACCUGGUAGUGCUGCUGACCACAAUGGCCAAAUUCAUGUUCAUGACAAAAUUGUUGCUGUUGAUGGAGUUAAUAUACAGGAUUAUACCAACCAAGAAGUGGUAGAGGCCUUGCGUAAUACAGGACAGUCUGUAUGCCUUACCUUACUUAGAAGGAAACCUUCUACUGUUUCUUCAGAAAGACCUUCAGAUAGAGGUAGGUUGGGAGCUGUAGGGCCUGAAACUAGUGUGGACACUAGGAAUGAGGAAAACCAAGAACAGAAGGAUAAUCGUCAGAAUGGCAAGAAGCAGAGUCUACAUAAAACAGGAAGAGUCCCACUCCCUCCAGCACAUGAGCUGAAAUCCAAAUGGGAAAACCUGCUGGGACCUGAGUACGAAGUUAUGGUUGUGAAUGUGGAUAUGCCCAUUACAGAUGAUUCAGAGCUCCAGAAGUACUCAAAGCUAUUACCCAUCCACACUUGGAGAUUAGGAGUUGAGCUUGACACGUUUGAUGGACAUCAUUAUAUAUCAUCAAUUGCUUCGGAAGGUCCAGCUGCAACACUUGGUCUUCUGCAACUGGAGGAUGAACUUCUGGAG